CUGUUUCGACUACUGCGACAACGACGUGCCCAGUGGUGCGCCACCGAACGAUGUGCGGUGGCCAGCGCCACGCUAGUUCGGGGUAACCACUUCAAGUUGCCGAUUGGAAGGUGGCGGGACCUGAUUGGUCGAUCUGAAAAACCGAGUCGAGCUAGAUCGCGGCGGAUUCGGGACGUUGGCAUUUCGGCGGCGGCGCCAAAGUUCGCGAGCGUGUUUCGGAGCGGAGCCAUCGGUCCCUGGAUCGCCGUUGAUGUUGCCGCUGGCCUGGCUGAAGAAAGCACCGAGGGAAAGUGUUCCAGACUGUUGCCGUCGACAGGCCAAGGCAGCACCUUCGACCAACAAGUGUUCUGCGUCGUUCAACGUGUACGACGGAAUUAGCUACCGUUUUGUCGAUGGCACGGCAAAGCGCCGGCUGUCGUCGACGGUCGGCGGCCAGCGCGUGCCGUUCGAGGUGGCGCAAGUGCAGUCCCUCCGUCGAAAACGAGACUUCUUGGUCGGCCUCAGCUCGAUCGAAGAAGAAAAGCACGCCAUGUGCGAGAGUUGCCACUCGUACACGUUCAGCCGCCUCUCCAAGACGAAAUGCAUCACGUUGACAAUGACCAGCGCCACCAAACCACGGAAACCGACGAAAGAGACCAGGAUCCGCCAAGCUGCUCCUCCACAGCCAACUGACGGCAUCACAUGCGCUUGAGCGCCUACUGCAUUGCUUAAUUUUACGUUUUCAUGGCGCCUAAUGCAUGGAUGUGUUCGAAGGCUCUUGUUCCCAUCUUUACUUGCUCACGAUGAGC